AUGAAAGAUAAUUUUGAGUACCAAGAAGAUUCAUUAUCUAUAUUAAGUGAAUCUCCUACAGACACCAUAAUAUCACAGAUUCUUCAAAGGUCUUUUAGUAUGACUUCAAUAACAAGUGUCACUGAAGAAAAUCGUCAUUCUGAACAAACAUUAAAAGCAAUAGGUGAUAUACUUAAUAGAAAACAUUCUGUAGCGCAAAUUAUGAAUGAAACUAUGGAAGGACUUAAUCAUUCAUAUGAAUUUAAGAAGUCAUCACAAGAAGAUUUAAUAUUUGAACUUUUUCGUAUUCCAUCAACAGAAGAAGCAUCAAUGGGAAGAUUAAUUUCUGUUUUAAAAAGUUUUGGAAUUCGUGAUGAUGAUCCACGUAUGAAACAAACAAUAGAAAAAAUGAUGAUGUUUGAGCAUGAAAGUAGUGAUGAUUGUGAUUCUCGUCAUAAUCGUCUAAAUCGUCAACAAUUUAAAAUAUGUAUUCAACCUAGUAUUGCACUAGUAUCACAAGCUUUAAGAAAUCAACUUGUAAUUCCAAAUUGGUCUGAAUUUAUAAAAAGAAUUAAAGAUAUAUUUGAUAGUUUAAAAAAUGAAAAUAGUGGAAAAGUUGCAACAUAUAUACCACAAUUAGCUAGGCAGUCACCAAAUCGUUGGGGUAUGUCAAUUUGUACAAUUGAUGGUCAAAGAUACUCUCUUGGUGAUAGUAAUGCAGCAUUUUGUUUUCAAUCAGUAUCAAAAACAUUUAAUUAUGCAAUAGCAGCAUCUGAUGUUGGUGCAGAUGUAGUACAUAGUUAUGUCGGUCAUGAACCAUCAGGAAGGUUAUUUAAUGAAAUAUGUCUUGAUAAUCAGGGUAAACCACAUAAUCCAAUGAUUAAUGCUGGAGCUAUUAUUGUAACAUCAUUAUUAAAAAGAGAAUUAUCUAUGGCUGAUAGAUAUGAUUUUGUAUUAGAUCAAUAUAGAAAACUUGCAGGUGGUGGUUAUAUUGGCUUUAAUAAUGCAACAUUUUUAUCUGAACGUGCCACAGCUGAUAGAAAUUAUUCAUUAUCAUAUUAUAUGAAAGAAAAUGGUUGUUUUCCAAAAGAAAUGACAAAUCUUACAGAAACAUUAGAUUUAUAUUUUCAAUUAUGUUCACUUGAAACAAAUUGUGAUAGUGCAGCUGUAAUGGCAGCAACAUUAGCUAAUGGUGGUGUAUGUCCAUUAACAUAUAAAAAAUGUGUUGAAUCAAGACCAUGUCGUGAUGUUUUAUCAUUAAUGUAUUCAUGUGGUAUGUAUGAUUAUAGUGGACAAUUUAGUUUUCAUGUUGGUUUACCUGCUAAAUCUGGUGUAUCUGGAGCAAUGAUAGUUGUUAUUCCAAAUCUUAUGGGAAUUUGUUUAUGGUCACCACCAUUAGAUAAAUUAGGAAACACUGUAAGAGGUGUUAAAUUUUGCCAACGUCUCAUUGAAACAUUUAAUUUUCAUAAUUAUGAUUCAUUACUUCAUACUGAUGAAAAAAAAAUAGAUCCAAGAAGAAGAGUUGGUAAUAAAGAUACUGACCUUGUUGUUUCUCUUUUAUAUGCUGCAAAAAAUGGUGAAAUUCAAACAGUACGUCGUCUUUAUUUACAAGGUGCUAACCUAAAUAUGUCUGAUUAUGAUGGCAGAACAGCACUACAUUUAGCGGCUUGUGAAGGUCAUCCAAAUCUUGUUAAAUUUUUACUUACUGUUGGAAAAGUUAAUCAUGCUCCACAAGAUAGAUGGGGAAGAACACCAUAUGAUGAAGCUAAAGCAUUUGGAAAAGAAGAAUGUGCUAAAAUUAUAUAUUCACAUAAUUUAAAAAAGCGUAAAAUAAUUGUUCGUGAAGCUACAAUUGAUUCUACAAUUCAAGAAGAAAGUAAUGAUAAUAACACUAUAGCUAUUGCAUUAAAUGAUUGUCCAAGAAACACUGAUUCAGAUUCUUGUGCUACUAGUGAUCAGGAAGAAGAUCAUACAGGUUUAUCUAUGUUAAAUGAUGCUAGUGAAGAAUCAUCUGAUAAUGAUCAAUUAAGACAUUCUAUGGUUGUUAGGCAUUAUUCUUUUAAUUAA